CGUGAGUGGCUCCAACAUCACACAUCACGCUGACUGCCCAAGGUUGCGUGGAGAUGAUACCUGGGGCAGCAAAUAAAAUCGCCGCAUGCCGAGGGCCACGGAGUGGUCUGAGAGAUACGGCGAAACGUGCUGUGUCGUCGUCCUGUCCUGUAGCCAUUUGGACGACGCGACUCGUGCCUUUGCCGCGCUGACGACGACCAGUAUCGUCAUUGUAUGGCAGGCAGACUCAUGUGCACCGCCGCGUGAUGGACUUGGGCUAAAUCAUUCUCGCCGUGUGUGCAGACAGCAUGCAUCGCAAGUACACCGCUAUUUGUGGCGUUUGUGGUGGGAGCCAUCAUGGUUUGAUACCAUGUCAUGGUGCUAUGUCAUUGCUGCUAUAUGUCAUGAUGCUAUGUCAAUCAACGUCCCCCCUCUAAAAUGGAGCAAAUGGAGCAUGGACAGCGAGGGGUCCCCUGGGUCCUUGGUCCUUGGUCCUUGGUCGAAGCUGUGUGGGAAAUGGAAAAUGGAAAAUGUGCGGCGACGCGCCCCCUUGCUCUCUGCUGGGCUGACUCGCACGCGGUCGAGAUUUGGAUCGCAGAACUGCUGGCGCCCCUGAGCGAGGUGAGGGUAGCAAAGAUUGGCACUCUGGCACUGCGUCGGCGCCGGAGCAGGUCCUAUUCGCCAUCGGGGAACAUGGGCCAAAGUUCCGCCUUCCGUUUGCGGCCUUUGACGGUCUUGGACGGCCGGCCUGUCGUUCCCUCGAUCCCUUUUGUCUAGGCUGGGAUCCCCGGUCCUCUGCGGUGCAAGCCUGAUGGACCGCGCUAGUGCCUGGGACCGCAUCCGCGGGUUUGGGCUAACUUUCAGCCCGCAUGUUUUUGUCGGGACGUGCUG